AUGGCACAAGAGAUUGAGAAGGUUAAGAAAGAGUACGAGGAAAAGCAACGGAAAAAGAAGGAGAAGGAACAGGAAAAUAAGAAGGAUAAGAAAUCAUCAGACAAUGAUACCGAUUCUCAGGAGAAGGGUAAAGAUGAGAGCGAAAUUAGUACUUCUGACGAUGCCAAGGAGAGAGACAGUAAGAUCCAAGGUAUUGAGAUGGCCGGGGCACAAUCGAAGGCAGAUGACUCGCCUCGUAUUUUUGCUUUGCAUAAGAUCUUCUACCAGAUGCGUGUCGAUCGACUGCGUAACAUUGAAAUUGCUCGGAGAAAUCGUGAACGUCUAAAGGAUCCUUCAUUCUUUCCAUCAGUGCCAAAUAAAACUCCUUGA